AGCUCGGCUACAAAUGACCAGAAGGGCACUUCUUUGAAUUUCCUAGUAGAGUUUUUGUGAGGUUAGAUUUACGUUAGCUUGUCUAGUUAGAGCUAUAUGGGUUUAUAAAUGUUCGUUUAGAUUGGUUAUACACAUCACUUCAUUUUAUAAUGUACUGUUUGGUGUGUAAAAUGAAUCCAAAUGUGUGGAACAUAAAGGAAAUCCUAAGCCUCCCAACUGGAACUUGUGGAACUAAGAGUCUAAGUAGGAAUGGGGCUACCAGUGACUACUCCAGUAUAUCAGACUCACAGUUUCUGUUCGGAUCUCAAUUCUGGCCUGAAAACUCACAGGGCACGUCUCAGGAGAUACCGUUUUCAUCUAGAGCCUCCCAACAAAGUUCACAGGAGGCAAGUGAUCCAAAAAUCUCAAUCAACUAUCAAACAAAACCAUUCCUACUUGAGAGAGACUGCAAGGACAAAAUCAGAGUACCAAAUUUCCCUACUGGAAAGGUUUUUAGCAUUCUGGAUCGAUUCGAAGAGGACAAGAAAAAGGCAAAAGGAAAAAGGGAAAGUGAUAUCCUUGCCACAGAAUGUCUUCAGUUUCGGGAAGACCUUGAAAAUAUGAAGUGCUCACUUGCUGGCAUUGAAGAAAAUACAACCAUGGGCAAAACAGUCUUAUUGGAAGAAUUAAAAAAUGUGACAAAGACAUUGCAACAAAAUAUUUACAGUCUGCAGGAUGGCAUUGCAUCGAUUGAGGAAAAGGUAUCCAAGACUGGAGUGGCCACCACAGAACUGCAUUCCAAUGUGGAUAACUUGCAGAAAAACCUGGAGGCCUUGAGACAAGAGCAAGGCAGAGACCAAAACAUGCUUGAAGAGGCCCUAUCCCUACUAGGCACCUUGGUUUCCAAGCAUUCAAAGCCGACCCCUGUCAUAGUGACCAACAGUAUGGUCCAGACAUCGCCAAGUCUGGUUGAGAGGCCAUUUGAGCUUGAGCAGAGUAGACAGCCUGACUACAGCAAGCAUGACCUCACCCAGCCUAACAACAGUCAGCCUGCAGUUCCCUCCAAAGGCCCUUGGGGCAGGAGCAUCACAGCUGGCCACAGAUUCACUCAAAGAGGCCGCAGGAAGCAGCCUCUCAGGAACAGAAGGCCAGCACUGCUACCACCACAGACCAGGAGCAGGGGCAGAGGAUGGGAUGAAAACAGCCAACAACCAACAGAAAUAAUUAAAGAUGAAUUUGAUAAAUCACCUGUCAAAGAGCAGGAUGUCAGUCUCAAGCCAGAACCUUUGAAACAACACAAUAGGGAGACCAAAACUAACAAAGGCAAGGAAGGCUUCCUCAAUCCUUUCACCUGGUCCCAGGAUAGUAACAGCUCUCUGUGCAUCAAAGGGAGUGAGAAUCUUGCAUGGGAACAGUUGCCAGCUGAUCCCACAACUGAGGUCACAGGGAGAGCCAGGGGCUUCUGGCAGCUGUUUGACAUAAGUUGUGAUUCUGACUAAUGUAGUGAGUGAUGGUCAUGCCCAAUCCAUUAACCCUUGGGGGUUGUUUAACUUAACAAAAUAAAUGGCAAAAUUGUUUUAACUUGCUGUAAUAAACCACUGUUCAUUAAAUUCUCACUUCAGUUUUAUUGAGUGUGAAUGAAUUAAUAUGUGACUUUGUUAGUCUAUAUAUUAUUUAAAUGUUAUAUAGUGUUUUUAAGUGUUAUACAAUUAUUUGUAUGCAGCAAAUGGUUUGGGCGAUGACAGAAAUGUAUAGUUUUUUUUAUUUUUUAUUUAACCACUUUUUUACUUUUAAUUUGUUGAAAAAGUAGUUUGUCUCAAAAGCACAUGAUCCCACUCUUCACCAUAAAACAACUUGCUGCAUGUUAGGAUGGGUAGCUUUAAAUAGCAGUCAGGGAGGAGAUUCUUACUUCAUACUAGAAACAAUCCAGCACAUGCCAAAGCCCACUCACAUGUCAGCAUCGGCACCUGUUUAUGUUAUUCAUACAGUAUGUGUGUGUAUGUAUUAACUUUAUUGCAUUAAUUCGGUCUGAGGAGAAGUAUGUGUAGCUUUAUUGGAAAGAGAAAUAUUAUAACAAGUAUCUUUAAAAGUAUACUUGUGUUCUUGCACAUUCUUUCAAAUAAAAUGUGCCCUUUACUGGGACCCA